GUCUAGAAUGCUCAUGCACAAGGAGUUUCCUUCAUGCAUGCGGUGCUCCAAAGGAGAGGGCACGCGGUGCGCUUCUGGCGGCGGUCACUGCGUCCUACCUACAUUUCUCUUCUGGAAAAUGACGCGAAGAGUGUAAAACUUGUAAAACACGACAGUCACUAGCCCCAAGAACAAAUCCAACACACUACUGUGCCAGUGUCUUCAAGUCCGCCUCUCGUUUGCCAUGCAGCUGGCAGCGCAGAUUUUCCGACGCCGCACCCUGGGCCGCGCGCUGCUUCUGUCAGCGGCCAUUGGCAGCCGUGCCGCCUUCAACCUCGCACGCCGGCCGCUGUUGGCCUUUGCCAGUGCGCAGGCAGGCAGCACAGCCAGUGGCCCCGUGACCCUUCUGGGUCAGCAAGAGGCGAUCGCCAUUGAUGAGGAGCUGAUGUCCACCCCAGGCUUCUCCGUGGAUCAAUUAAUGGAGCUGGCAGGGCUCUCCGUGGCGUCCGCCGUGGCGGACGCCUACCCGGCGGCAAAGCAGGUGCUCAUAGUAGCAGGCCCUGGCAACAACGGCGGCGAUGGCUUGGUGGCAGCACGACAUUUGUAUCACUUUGGCUACUCGGCCACCGUGGUGUAUCCGAAGAGAUCUGACAAGCAGCUGUUCGCGAACCUGGUCACCCAGUGCGAGCAGCUGCAAAUCCCGGUCCUCUCCGAACUACCCGGAGACCUUUCAGGCUACGAUGUUGCAUUGGACGCCAUCUUCGGCUUCUCGUUUAAGGGCACGCCGCGCGAGCCCUUUGCUGGCAUCCUGAAGGCCCUGCAGGUGUCCUCCAUCAAGGUGAUGUCUGUGGACAUUCCCAGCGGUUGGGAUGUUGAGAAAGGUGACACUACAGGUGAAGGCCUGCAGCCGGAGGCGCUGGUGUCAUUGACGGCGCCCAAGAAAGCGGCAGCCUUCUUCCAGGGCAGACACUUUCUAGGCGGCCGUUUCGUGCCCCCUGGCCUGGUGGAGAAGUACAAGCUUCAGCUUCCACCCUACCCAGGAGUGUCGCAGAUCGUGGAGCUGAAGGGAUGGAAGUCGCCUGAGCUUUAGGUGAUGCAAAAGCCCGCUGUGUUCUGAUCCGGCAAGCGCCGAGCGGAUCCGCGGGAGUUUGGCAAAGACUUGGCAUGGCCACAGCAUGCCGUAAAGCUCCGCAGGCGAUCUCCGCGAAGGCUACAAAUCUAUCUCAACUCGGGACAUUGUGUCCUCGAAUAUUCCGACAUUCGCUGUCUAAGUUGAGGCAUGCCCUGCCUGAGCUGUUUCGGUGUGUGUGUAGACCAAGUGGG